GACGUGUUUUCAUUCGAGGAAAACUUUGUUGAAUUAAGAAACACUUCUUCAUCUUUUUCAGUUCCCAAAUUCGCAUCUUCUACAACAACAUCAAUCCCUUCGUUUUUGUUUCAUGGGCUCAUUUCGGGUGCCAUAUAUACAGCGCCAUGACCAAACCCAGCACCUUUUUUCAUAACCUCAUCAAGCCCUUCAAAUUCACUUCCAAUAAAGAAGGACAGAGCGAAGACGACAUACAGAACUUAGCUUCCCAGGAGCAGAAGAUCUUUCCCUACGAAACAUUGGUUGCUGCUACAAAGAAUUUUCACAUUCUUAAUAAGCUUGGUGAGGGAGGAUUUGGACCCGUCUAUAAGGGGAAAUUGAAUGACGGGAGAGAGAUUGCAGUGAAGAAGUUGUCGCAUAGAUCGAAUCAAGGGAAGACGCAGUUCCUUAACGAGGCGAGGUUGUUGGCACGUGUGCAACACCGUAAUGUGGUGAAUUUGUUCGGUUAUUGUACCCAUGGCUCAGAGAAGCUUCUUGUUUACGAGUAUGUCCCACGUGAGAGCCUUGACAAGCUUCUCUUCAAAUCCCAGAAGAGAAAAGAGUUAGAUUGGAAACGCAGAUACGACAUAAUAAGCGGGGUGGCAAGGGGUUUGCUAUAUCUUCACGAAGACAGUCACAACUGCAUAAUCCACCGAGACAUAAAGGCAAGUAACAUCUUACUCGACCAAAAAUGGCUUCCCAAGAUCGCAGAUUUCGGCCUCGCUCGCCUCUUCCCAGAAGACCAAACCCAUGUCAACACACGUGUGGCUGGAACCAAUGGGUAUUUGGCUCCGGAAUAUUUGAUGCAUGGACAUCUAUCCGUGAAGGCAGACGUAUUUAGCUAUGGGGUUUUAGUGUUGGAGUUGAUCACUGGCCACCGAAACUCAUCCUUUCAUUUGGACGUCAAUGCACAAAAUCUCCUCGAUUGGCUGACAGGCAUACAGGCUAUACAAGAAGGGGAGGGCAUUGGAGAUGGUGGACCCCACAUUGGCCUCUACAGUGGUAAACGAAGAAGCAAAAAUGUGCAUUCAACUGGGUCUGCUCUGCACUCAAGGCGAUCCACAACAGCGUCCUACCAUGGGGCGUGUGGUGGUCAUGUUGUCAAGGAAACCAGGCCACAUGGAAGAACCGGCAAGACCGGGAGUACCCGGUUCCAGGCUUAGAAGACUCUCUCCCAGACCCUUUCCUAUGUCUUCCUCUACUAUGGGAUCUUCGCGAGAUGUUGAUGACACUUCUGGUUCCACCAACUAUGCCUCUUCUGAAACGCCAACCACAAGCUCCAAUGACACGCGAGGGAAACGACCCAUGCAAGGUUAGAUUCAACAAUCAUGGAUACAGUUGGUAUUAUUCAAGAGAGAAUAACCCCAACUACAUUAUACUAUUGGACCUAAGUUUUGUUGUUGAGCAAAUCCAUCGGUUCCUAUUAUUAUUCUUUUAUGAUCUAAUCAUGUAAAUAAAUAUUACUGGCUGACGCUGUCAUGUAAAUGUUACGAGGAGUAGGGAAAUUUUUCAGAGCCA